AUGGUCCAGCAUGGUCUGGUUUGCCAAAACGAGGAAAACACUCCCAUCUUCGGUGCUGUUUGCGACCUCCUGUGCCCGCCUGGCUACAUACCCUCCAAUGUCGUGGCCACCUGUGCUACCGAAUUGAUGGAGCCAGAGGCACAGCCAACGUUUGAUCCGCCCGUGCAGUGCACGCCCAGUCUCUGUGGUGAUUACCCCUUCACCAUCUCGGCUGAAGAAAACUCUGGCAUGGAGUAUGCCGUGGUGGAGUAUGCCACCGACAGCCGA